UAGAUAGACGAUUACACACUACCGGUAAUUCAAGAUGGAGCUGAAAGCAAAACGACAAAAGAUACAUCAUCGGCAAAGAAGCCCUGUUGAACCAGCUGGGGAUAUAGUUUCAACAUAUUUUCUGGCCCAACCGGGUAUUUUCUAUACGAGGCCAAAGUAUGGUUGUACAGUGGUUGUUAAUUUGAAUAACAAAGACGAGAACAGUAGAAGGGGCGUUCUCCAUGCCAUACAAGCCGUUCAGCAAAAGUCCGACCUGUUGCAAGGACGAAACGGUUAUGUCGUCUCUUUUGACCCAGGCUUGUGGAAAAAAUGGAACCCGAAAAAUGACAUUGAAGACAGACCGUCUAGCGAUUACAUGGUGUCUUCGUCCCGCAAGUUCGUCAACACAGGUGGCGAUGUGCUCUUCUUGUUAAAGUCUGACACCGACGGUGUCGUACCAGAGCUUUUGCAAGAAGUGGAAAUAAGCCUAAGUGGUCUGGCUACAUUUGAUGUCACUGAAACCCGUGUUUAUAAUGAUCGUGCCAUCCACGGGAAGUUUCGAGACGGCAUUGCCAAUCCAGUCGACAAGAAUACUGUCGAACGUUUCAUCCUAACACCACAGACAUCCACACCAGGAUCCGGGGGUGGCAGUUACUGCUACACGCAAAAAUUUCUGAUGAACUUCGGCCUAUUUCAAGCAAUGACCAUCCGCGAGCAGGAGAACGUCAUAGGCAGAAAGGUGACAGAUAACAUCGUCAUCGGUGACGAUCCAAGAAGUCACAUCCGUCGAGCACGUUUGAAUGACCGUAAUAUUCAUUUGAAAAUCCUUCGUGGGAGCAUGCCCUACGGUAACGAUGCAGAUCAGGAAGGAAUCUACUUCAAUGCUUUCGCUAAUGACAUUCAGCUAUUUCUCGAUCUUAUGCAAAGCCUGGCAGGAGACGACCCCUAUUUCACACAAGAUAAACUCCUUUCACUGAGUCAGGGCAUCGAGGGAAGUUUCUGGUAUACACCAAGUUUGCGUCAGCUCGGCUUUACCGACGAACCGGACGUAGGCCUGGUCCCGACCCUUGACUUCCUGCCUUUCUGGGAUGUGAAAAGCACCAACCCCUACAUGUUUUACAACUUCCAUGAAUAUCUCCACCGCAUGAGCUUCGGUGGGUAUGGUCCUGGAGAUCCACCAACGCCUCGUGUCAUCAAGCUCUUGUCCGUGGUUUUCUCUGAGUGGGGUGACCAGUGGUAUCACAAGCCAGAAACGUCCCGCAUUCCCCAUCUGAGCAACUAUUUGACGGAAGCAGAGAUGCCAUUACUGAAGGAAUCCGCAGCCAUUCGCAAAGGCAUGGCAAUCAAGAAGACACUGGGUACUUUGAUACCGAAAACACCAUAUGGCACAGACAAUGACCUCUUCCGUAUUUACCCGAAUGAACUAAUUGUCGGUGUUAUGCCCAGAUUCUCUCUUGGUAUCGGCAAGUAUGUAAUGCCCUAUAUUCGAGAAGAAGAAGAGGAGAUUCCAUGGUUUAUGAAGGGACUGAAUGAGGGAGGUGCCAUGGGUCACAUUGUUCCUGACCACGGAAUAGUGUUAGAAGUAGGCCUCAAAGCCUUGAAGGAAAACUACAAAAUAUUACACAGCCGCGCACCCCCCGAAAAGAAGGAUUUCUACAAGUCGGUCACCCUGGCACUGGAAGGAGUUCAAGAGUACAUAGACAGCUUUGCACACCUGGCUAAAGAGAUGAUAGUACAAGCAGAGAAAUAUACGGAUGAAGAAAAAGAAAGCCUUAGAAGCAUCUACUCGAGGCUGUUGAAACUGAAGACCGACGCUCCCAGCAAUAUGCUUGAAGCAGUGCAGCUUCUCUUCUUCAUGCAUUGUUCUAUGCAUCUGAUUGGUAACCCAGUUGCCAUAGGCCGUCUAGACGUCCUGCUGAGGCGGUUCUAUGACGAAAAAAUAACAUCUGAAGCUGAAGCUCAAGAAAUCUUGGACUGCCUGUGGAUAAAGUUGAGUGAGCGUGUGGUCAUCAACCGCCACUUCACACCGGACAUGCAUGAUCGCGGUUCCACAGCGGUGAUGUACGCGGCAGCAGGUAACUAUGGUCAAGGGAGUGCGGUCAACCAGUGGGUCCAACAGAUAACCGUGGGCGGUUACCAGGCAAAUGAUGACGACACUUCAAUGACAGCCUGCAACAAAAUUACUCUAUUGUGUCUGAAGUCGUCUCGCAGAAUUCCCACGAAUGCCCCAUGCUUGAGUCUCAGGCUGCACAAGAACAUGCCGAACGAGAUACUAAAGGAAACAGCAAGGGCGCUUCUUAGUGGGGGUGCACAUCCAGUCCUCAUACACGAUGAUCGGCUGGUAUCGAGUCUGAUAAAAAGUGGCUCCCCUGAUGCACCCGUUAGCCUUAAAGCAGCACGUAACUAUGCGUGCGACGGAUGCUACGAGCCAAUGAUUGCUGGCGAGACCGAGUUCGCGUUUGGCACGAUAAUUCUGCUGAACAUUUUGGAAAUGACUCUUAACGAGGGAACGCUUUAUGCCGACUCAGGAUCGGUGUAUCUUCGAGGGCUCAAAGUCUCCUAUCCCUCGCCUCACUGCAGCCAAAUCAAGACGUUCCACCAGCUGCAGGAAAUCUUCCUAAAACACCUGCGACUUCAAACAAUUCAGUUUUACAUCACGAUCCUGUCGAAUUAUGGAAACCUGUGGGAAAUCUGCCCUUCGCCACUCCUGUCAUCCCUCAUCCACGGCUGCAAAGAAAGCGGUCGUGAUCUUUCCAACGGAGGGUCCAACUUCCACACAUUGGCCAUGAUGUACGUCAGUGCGGCUAACACGAUUGAUUCACUGUAUGCCAUUAAAAAGCUCGUGUUCGACCCAGAUGAAGCCCUCACGACUUUGCCCAAACUGUUGACAGCACUAAAACAGGACUGGGGAUUUGACAUGAGGGAACCACUUUUUGAUGAGCGCGCCGGGGACGUACGGGAGGAUGCGAACGCAGCUACAUACAAGACGCUGAGAAAGAAGGCUCUUAGUUUGCCAAAAUUUGGACAUGGGAAUUCCGAGGUGGACCGGAUAGGAAACUGGCUGAUGGACAAAGUGGUAUCUUUGGCUAAAGAUACGAUUUAUAACCCACCGCCCGUACUCCGUGAGAUCAUCGCUGAUAUCAAAAAGAAAUAUUCAUUACCAGAGCGCCCGUUUGGUUUCAUCGUUGAACCCGGUGUUGGGACGUUCGAGGGGUACGUUCCGGAAGCCUUGGGCACUGGGGCCUCCGCUGAUGGGCGCCGCAGUCGGCAGCCGUUCGCAUCGGAUCUUAGUCCGGCACCUGCACCCCAGGACAAAACCGCACAGCCAGCUUCCGUCAACAUCUACAGGGCCAUGAGUAGCUUUGAUCAUGAUUCCAUCAACACCGGUUUGUCCAACGGAUCACCGGUUGACAUGAACGUGACGGAGGAUUUCCCAGAAACCGAACUUUACGAGUUCAUACGCCACUAUGCAAAUGGCACAAAGCAUAUUGGCUCCAACAUGAUCACAGUCACAUGCGCCGAUCUGGAGACAUAUCAGAGGGCUGUGGAAGAGCCUGAGCGCUACGACUUGGUCCGCGUGCGCACGGGGGGCUGGACAGAGCACUACGUGGCCAUGUUCCCUGCACAUCAAGAGCAUCACCAGCGCCGCGUUUUCUUUACACCUUUGCAGAACGAUUGUUAAAGCCUGUGUCCAAAUGAACGCUGUACGCAUUUCUCUGAACCCCUACCAGCAGUCUUCCUCAUGAGAAAAUAGUCUUAUAAUUCCUUUAAUUAAAAUAAGUUCAGCAUACAAUCAGGCUGAACUUGACAUCAAGUUUGAUUUGCUUGACCAUGCAGUUGCGACUAAAUAAAUGCUCCUCGUGUACAAAUUUACCAAUCAGGAUCCACAGGAAUGUAGUUAAGUUGCCUGAUUCAUGCUGUUGCCUGUGGAAAUUUUGUUUUUGGAACACCUUCUAUUAUGUGAAGGACUGCUUUCCGUGAGUCCAAGUAUAAAUCAUGACAGUUAAUGCGGACUCACUCACAGUUAGCUCAGUGUCUUGAGUUAGCUUGAUUGAUAACAACCAGUUUCUAGGAGUAAAUGUUUUAGUAGAGGAGUAUGAAUUGUGUGUAUACCCUUAAAGGGUUCCUCAUGGGAUAGAAACCAAUAGGCCAACAGACCCCGUGAGGGAAUCUUUAUAAAUUGACUUUUCUGGUAGGGAAUAUCCUAUGGAGGCCUGGUUUCAAUAAGACCAAAGGAGAACAAAUUGACUUUCUUCCCCACACUGCAGGUAGGCCGGUGUGUGUAUGUAAGGUUUUGCGUGUGUAUAUUUGCUGCGUGGAUUUUUAGAAGUCACUUAGAAUUUGCAAACGACUUAGGUAUAUUUGAUUGGUUGCGGUGGCUCUGAUUACUUCGCCAAUCGGUGACGUGUGGUUAAGCGUAAAUGUUGAAUUAAAAAAACCCUAUAAUUUCCGUCACUGAUGCGUUUCUUUUUGUAGAGGAAUUUUAGAAUUUAACCGCCGAGUGCUAAAGUGCUUUCGAAUAUUCUUGCUAACAUUAAAAAAAAAAUGUUAGGGCCGAUGUGAUAUAAACAUCACCAGAAUAAAUGUAUAAUGUGUCAUUCUUUAAUAUGCAACUUUUCGAAACGAUGCUACACAGGCAAAGUGACAGUAUUCUAAUUUUGAGAAUAAUGUGAAGGUAGUAGAAUUAUGUGAAGGAAAAGAAUCAAGUUACAAGCAGUUGGUGCAUAGAGUUUUAAAGUUCUUAAGACAUAGCCAGUAUGGUAAAAAGAUUGCUUAAUAACCGCAUGUAUACUACAAUUUUGCAACUGAUUUAGUGGGCUGAAUUUAGUAUUGCCUAAACAAAUUUCAGUAAUCAUCUUUAUGCUUAUACGAAAGUCAGUAGAAGAAAUGGAGAUUUUAUACUGACGUGACAGGGACAAAAUUGCAAACUAGGCAAUCAAAGUACAAGCAAUAAGUACACCACAAUUAUCGGAAAUUAACGAGUAGGAAAGAAAGUUUUUAUACAGAAAAGGAGCAUUAUGUAGAGAGAGUACAAAACGGAAAAUAACCACGAAAAUGCACCUGGACGAUAUACACGUAAUUGAAAAUCCAUAUUUAAAAAGGGAGCUGGAGGCGUUGGCUGUCUAUGCCGGAAGAAAUAAGAGUCGAGAAUGUUCUGACGACUGCGUAAGAUUUAAGGCGUUUGUGGAGUUGGCUUUAAUAAUACACGAAGAAGAAAUGUCCAAAAUGUUUCCAGAAUGACGGAAAAAGACAUCAAUAAGAAAUGAAGACUCUAGGCGCUUAAGGGGUAAUAGGGACAAAAUAAUUUUUGUUUAAUUUUGCAAGCUUUCAGUAGACAAUUCUUCAAUGAGAAAUAUUAAAAUGUUGAAUUGUAGAAAACAAAUGAGGAGUCAAAUUGUUAAGAGGGGCUCAGUAACGUUGGCUUUUUAAUGCUCAGAGAAAUUUGUAGGGACUUAUAAUUGUUAAAUUUGAGAUUGAGUAAAUUAGAGACUUUCAUGCUGAAGUCGAGAAGAAUUUGGUGAAGGAAACUUCAAUUAGUCUCAUUUCAUUUGGACGUGGGAACCAAAAUCGAGCGAUGUUUGCUUGACUAGAAAAUUGUAAACGCCAGAGAAGGAGAAAAAUACGUAAAAAAAUUAAGAACUUUGUUACAAAUGAGUAACACUUUUUAGUAGAGUAACAGUUGGGAGAGGGGAGGCAGUAGGGAGAGGAUGUUAUAUAACUCAAAUAACAUGAGCUGUCAGUGUACAGUUUUCAAUAUGAAAUAUAUGUAAAGUUGGUUUUGUAGAAGCUUGUUAAGUAAACAAAACAAGGAGUCAAGUUUUUGUAAAGGGGGUCAGUGACAUUAGUUAUUGUAUGCUCAAAAAGACUCGUUGGGACUUAGAUGAUUUUGUCAAAUUUGAUAUGAAAGCAGGGACCAGUGACCAGUUUAUGGAGGAAUGCCUGUUUCACUGGAAAUUGUGGGGAGGGGGAGUUCGUGUAACUUUAUACUGAUUUGCAGAGGGGUAAUAAGUCCAGGGAUUUAUUUUUCCCUUCAAAAUGUAUUACUUUUCGUACCAACCUCACAGAAGUAGAAGACUAUUAACAUUGAAUUGGUGGCUCGCUUUGAGUACUUUGAAAUUAUUUGGUUUUAGGUGGCGUCCAUCAGCAGGACAAGAGUUUAAGUUUCGGUAGACCUCCUUAGAACUUAUGAUAACUAACCAGACAUUUAUAUAACUUUACUUUCGAGGUGUGUUAAUUAAA